UGUUAUAUUAGGCACACACACGCUUCCCUCAUCACGUGAGGGCGUGACAAGGCCUCUCUUUCUCUCUCUCUCUCUUUUUUUUUUGCUUCUUCGUAACUCCCCCCAAAAAACCCCCUCUCCAUCGAUCCCUUCUUUUUUAUUAUUAAACUGUGAAAAAAAAAAAAAAUGGGACAAACUUUAUCAGAACCAAUUACUGAAAAGACUUCUACACACGGGUCUAACAACAAGUACUUUUUUGGUUGUUCUCAAAUGCAAGGAUGGAGACUUACCAUGGAAGAUGCUCAUACAACUCUAUUGAAGCUGGGAGACACAAACCUUGGUUUCUUUGGUGUAUACGACGGACACGGAGGCUCUUCUAUCGCUCAUUACACGGGUCAGACACUAUACAAAAAGGUACUCGAGAGUAAAUUUUUCGAAAAGAAGGAAUAUGCAAAGGCCAUGACAGAUGCCUUUUUAACUCUGGACAAGUGUUUAAUUGAAGACAAUAACUUUGCGUAUGAUCCUUCUGGUUGUACAGCUGUAGCUGCUCUUGUUACUGAAUCUGACGAAAUUAUUGUGGCUAAUGCUGGUGACUCAAGAGCCGUGAUCAGUGUUGGGGGUAAAGUAAAACCUCUCUCAUACGAUCAUAAGCCAACAGAUGAAGCCGAGAUGGAAAGAAUUAUCAAUGCCGGUGGUUUUGUUGAAUUCGGUCGCGUGAAUGGCAAUUUGGCCCUCUCUCGUGCGAUUGGAGAUUUCGAGUUUAAACAGAGUGAAAAUCUUCCUGCCGAAAAGCAGGUUGUUACUUGUAACCCUGAUAUAAUUGAGCACAAGAUUACAAAGGAAGACGAGUUUUUUGUGUUGGCAUGCGACGGUAUCUGGGACUGUAUGUCUAAUCAAGAUGUGGUUGACUUUGUCCGUGCAGGUGUAGCCGAGGAUAAAACGUUGACAACUAUUUGUGAAGACAUGAUGGAUAAUUGUCUUGCAGAUGAUCAGACAUCAAGUGGACUUGGUUAUGACAAUAUGUCUGUGAUGAUUAUUGGUAUUUUGAAUGGCAAGACUGAAAAGGAAUGGUAUCAAGCCAUUAAGGAAAAGAAGCCUUCUGUUGGUGCUGCCACCACUGCUGCUACUGCUACUACUGCUGCUGCUCCUACUGCAAAAGCAAAUGCUACGACGGCGGAAGGAGGGAAAAAAUAAACUUUUUGUUUAAAUUAAUUUUUAGUGAAACCCCGAAGGACAUUCCCUUUUCUUUUUUAUUGUGCGAGAGGAAU